CUACAUGUGGGUGGUGUAGAGCUGGUCCACCAGUUUCGUCAGCUGCUGGCGCCGGUGGUGCAAGCAGUAGAUCCAGUAGUCGUUCCGCAGGAUCAGCGCCAGAUGGCUCUUGAAGACCACAUAGGUGUCGGCGGCAAAGAGGCACUCCCCCAUCGAGUGGAAAGCCGUCCUCCGAGCGCCUGGGUGCUCAUCCUCUUCUCCACCCUCCUCAUGGGACACCUUGCGCGAUGUGUCCUUGCUCACCGGCACAGAUGGCUGCGGCAAAUGCAUGAAGGACAUGCUGCAGCUCUGGCUUGAGGUGAUAGUCGAGUAGGCCAGGGAGAGGUCGGGGAAGGGGAGGAGGGAGGUCCGCUGAGUGCCGGUCGGCUGCACCUGGGGCACUGGGACGUCAGGCAACGCCGUGGUGUCGUCUUGUGGCUGCUUUGCCGCGGUCGCUAGGUCCUGCUGUUGCUCGGGGCGGGCAUCUUGGUAGCGAAUGAAGUCACUGACACGCAGAAACCACACGCACCGCACAAGGGGGAAUACACGGACGGUUUGAUCGCUAUCUCUGUGUGCGUCUGUGUCUGUAUCUGUGCACACCGGUAGCAGUGGAGCAGCUUCACUACAACGGUCGCAAAGGUUGCUUGCGUGAUCAGCCUGAUCGUUCUCCUCACUCUCCGACGGCACCGCACCACCAACAACCCUCCCACUCCCCAGCUGCUGCGCGUCGCCCCCGCGGCUCUCAGGUCGGCUCCCAGUCGUUUGGUGAUCGACAUCCUGCUGUGCGUCUGAUGGGGAUAGCAGGGGCCGCUUGGCACAGAGGCGAGUCUUGGAGGACAUCACUUGUGGGUAGAGAGACCGAAUGACACGCUGGGAGUCGGCCUCUGUGGUGGUAGGGAUGGACGAGGUCAGCGAGACGGCCGAUCUCACCUCAGCCUGCCGGCCGCGUCAUGCCUCCCCCACACGGUUUUCUUGCUCACGCUGCUCGGCUCGACGGCUGCUCGCUCAGCCGCUCCAGUAUCAUGCCCUCCAGCUCGGCCUUGGCGGCGCUCUCAGGAGAUGCCGAAAGCACCUCAACGAUGCUCGUCUGAGUGACGUGCUCAGGAGGGAUCGCCGACUUGCCCGCCUCAGUCGUG